AUGGACUGGAAAGAAGCUGCUGACUUCAGUCAUCGCUUAAACGUUCUGGAAUCCAGUCGGCAUGCCGGCACAUCAGGCGAUGACAAUCUUCUCUCUCGUCCCAUGGCGCCAAGCGGCGAGGUCCAGGCAACUGAGACCUCGACUGAGCCUCGACCAAAGCGAUCUCGCUUCACAGUCCCGAACACAGGACGCAUCUCAAGACCUACGAUAGAGCAAUUGGAUCAACGUUCUCCGACACAACAUCAGCCGCAACCCGCUUUUGUAGCUCUUGCCGCCGCCGACGUCCACUCCGCAUCACAGCCUGGGUCCUUGGACGAGUUUGGAAGGGCUAUCUCAGGCGACGACAUUGAGUCGAAGCUACGCCACUUCACUGAAGAGUCGUUCCGGGCCAGUGGGUUAUCCCUCGCCACACUCCCCACGAAACUCCUGAUUCCCGACGUCUACACGUGGAGUCCUUCCAAACGACUGGCGGAAGAGAUGAAAACCUUUGUGGUUGGCAUCGAUGAGAGGCUCCUCGACGACAUGGUGGCGCUCUCACUGGACUGGACUGAUCGAUAUGCCAUGAUGAACAGUCUCACGCAGUUCAGGGCUCGAACAAAGGUGGUGGCAGUGCAAUUGCCGUCCGACGUCGUCUUCGUGAAGUUUUUUUCAAAGCACAAGUUGGAUGAUUCGAACCCGCUCCAUCUCACCAUGACUCUGUGGACAUUUCACUUGAGUGGUACGGAAGGGUCAAAGAGCUCGCUGGUUCUGCGAGGUAUCAGUGGUGUGAGUAGCCGGAUCGAGCUACUUAUGAAAAAUUCGGCGGACGUUGCCGACUACACGGUUCAGGUCGGACAGGAAGGCCGGCACGGAUACACAAAUUACCUCAAGCAAGACUACAGGCCCUUCGAGACCCACAGACAGCGGCAGUGA